UCAAACAUGGAGGAGCGGGAGAGGGGGGCGAGGUCGGCUCGCGCCGGCAGCCCUGCGCGUCCGCCCAGCCCGCGGCUGGAUGUCAGCUCUGACAGCUUCGACCCACUGCUGGCCCUGUACGCGCCUCGCCUGCCUCCCAUCCCCUACCCCAACGCGCCCUGCUUCAACAACCUGGCCGAGUACGAGAGCUUCCUCAGGACCGGGUGCCGGGGCGGCGGGCGCGGACGGGCGCGGGGCGCGGCCGCGGGCUCUGGGGGCCCCGCUACCGCCGCCGCCGGCCCCUUGGGCAGGACCCGCCGCCGCCCGGACAUCCCCGCCCCGGACCCCGAGCGCAUCCAGCGCCUCCGCCGCCUCAUGGUGGCCAAGGAGGAAGGGGACGGGGCCGCCGGGGCGCGGCGGCGGGGUCCGGGUCGGAGCAGGAAGGCGCCGCGCAACGUGCUCACGAGAAUGCCCUUGCACGAAGGCAGCCCUCUGGGUGAACUCCAUCGUUGUAUCCGGGAGGGGGUGAAGGUGAAUGUUCACAUCCGCACUUUCAAGGGACUUCGGGGCGUCUGUACGGGCUUCCUUGUUGCAUUUGACAAGUUCUGGAAUAUGGCACUUACUGAUGUGGAUGAGACCUACCGAAAACCUGUUCUAGGCAAAGCAUAUGAACGGGAUUCUUCAUUGACUCUCACUAGGCUCUUUGAUCGACUAAAACUGCAGGAUUCCUCCAAGAAGGAAACAGAUUCCAAGUCUGCAGUUGAAGACUCCACUCUGUCCAGAUACUCCCAGACAUCCACCUGGAAGGUGGCUUCAGUGUGGGGAAGAGGAGACACUGACCGGGGUUCACGCAGGCGUUCCCGCUCCGUCCCUUCUUCCCUGCAGGCAUCGGCAAGGGAGGAGUCCAGGUCAGAGCUGUCAGGGAGGACUACACAGACAGAGGGGUCGAGUGCGGGAGGUACCUUUUCCAGGGCCACCACCCUUUCCAGGGGCCAGCCCCGUAAGAAAAAGCGAAAGCCCAAAGUGGAUUACCAGCAGGUAUUCACUCGACACAUAAAUCAGAUUUUCAUUCGAGGCGAGAAUGUCCUGCUGGUUCAUCUUGCACAGUGACCAGCUCGGCCUCACUUGAGCUUUGGUUUUUAGAAAUAAAAUGCAUGAAUCGCUGCUAUGCUAUAUCCUAGUAUCCCAGUGAAGCUGUGAGUUGGAAUGAUUCCCUCUGGUCUGGCAUGUGCAGAGCAUAGAGCCAGGCUCGGGCCCUCUGGGAGAUGAGGUCCCUGAAGGGGAAACAGGCCUUGAGAGGGUGGGUGGAUGUUUGCAUUAAUAUCAAAGGCAAAAGCUGUACAGAGGUACAUGCAUCUUAUUUGGUAUCGUGGUCUACUUCAGACACUCAAACCAAAUACUAGAUUUGAAUUAGGGAGCAUGGUAUGAAUUGAAUUCACACCACAGACACUAUAGCACGGUGAAGGAAAGAACCACCUCAAAAAGAAUGAUCCCAUUUCUAAAAGCUAGUGCCCUGAGUACUCAUAAAUUUGUUUCUAAGAGUAACAGUAUAAAUCACUCUGAGCCCUGAAGCCACAUCUUGUAACUGACCUUUGAAUUUUGCUCUACACCAUUCUCUCUUGAUCAAGAAAUGUAAUUUGUUAUCUUUUAAUAUCUAUAAGAUACAAGAAGGCCACCAAUUUAUGUAAGAGUGAAAUUUGGGUAGGUGGUAUGCUCAAAGCAUCUAGCAAUGAAUGCUGUGUUUUUAUCCCUCUCCACUUUAUGGAAAGAAAUAUGGGACCUUGUUUUUGGUCUUCCUCUUGCCAGAGGUAGCUUCUGCAGAUGGUAUACCAGAUGGGACUAUAAGAGGCUCUUGUCCUUCUCUUUCACUUCUGUGGCAUGGUGCUAGUGCAUGUACCCUCUGUAUUGCCCCUCUGUAUAUAGUGUGACCUGUCCUGUGAGCUUUAUGUCAGGAGACUGUGACCUUCAUGUCUGGCUUCAAAGAGUUCUGCAUGGACUCAAUAAUAUACACUCAUCAUGUGGCUGAGAGUACUCUUUCCAGGCAGGGCUGGCCCCUGUCUAGAGUAUCUUUUAGGAUGGUUUCCAUGAAACAGGGGUGGAGUUUUACUCCCUUGUGUCAGGCCAAAGAGGUUCUCACGAAGUACAACGGUGGUGUCUGUUAGGGACACUUUACUCAGCCCGGCUUGAGUAACAGGAACACUAGACCACCUGCUACUACUUCUGCCUGAACCAUAUGCUUUUCCAAUCACCAGUGCAAAAUAGGCUAUAUCUUGACACAGACUGUUAGGCAAUGUUGACCUUUUGUUUUGUUAGUUUAUACAUUAUUUGGUUUUAUUUUGGAUAACUUAGGUUCAAAGUGAGAAUGAUAAAUAGCUAACUAGUUAAAACAUUUGAAAAGAAAAACUUCCUCUGCUGUAUUUGUCGUGUUACUUAAAUAAGCCUUCUGUGAAGCGGGUGAAUCAAGUUCAAGGAGCUGGGACUCUGGCUCAUCAUGUAGUGAGAGGAGAGCAGACUAACCCCUCUGUGCCUCAGUUUUUUCCCACCAGACACCUACCUCACAGGGGCACUGAGUAAAAGAAUUUGGGGAAGGCAUUUUAAAGUCUUUUAACACGUGUAAGUGCCAUGAGUGAUUUUUACUCACCCUGUUUCAUAGCUUGGUAAAAGUUCAGUGUUUCAUGAGCAAGGUAGGUGCUAUAUAAUAUCAGAGAGUAAUCUCCAUAGGUGUCACAGUUAUGAUCUUGUUAUCAUCAAAAAGCAGUGAUAUCUUCAGGAACUGUUUUCCAUGUUCCGUUCCUUCCUCCUAAGGGACAAUGGAAGUGCUCAGAAGAGUAUCUUCAGUAAAAGAAGAGGGGUAUUUCCUUGCUGCCCCCUCCCCCGCAUCCCAGCCCCCACCCUCUUCUGGUCACGAUGAGAGGGAAUUCUGCUGCAAUUUCUGAGGGGUUUAUAUGGCAGCACCGAAGGAAGGAUGCGCACCUAAAAACAACGCAUCCCCAAAGGGGCAUCUGUUGAAGUUGUUUUGUUUUGUUUAUUUGAUUUUGUUUCAAAAUGCAUUUUAAAUAUACUCUUUAGAGCCAGAUUAGGUGCACUAAACAUUUAGAGAAGUUCUAGGUUACAAACGCUCGUGAACAAUUAUCUUUGGAAUCUGCCAGUCUAAAUCUCUUCUAAACAGUAUGUCUAAAAUCUCAGUUCCCCAAUUAGUAGUUGUCUUGUUUAAUCAUCAGGUACCCCUGCCUCUACCUCUUUACCAGUCCUCCCUGUUUGGCAGUCGCCAUCUGUCUGUCCUCUUGUCCCUCAGCUAGAAGCUGUAAUGGUUACUAGAUUUUCCCAAUAAAGUGGAAAUUUGGAAUCAAAAGGAAUAUAAUCAACUUCCAUUCAUUGUAGUGCCUGAUUAAAUCUAACCUGAUUUAUUUUAAACACAUGCUCGUUUUCUAGUUUGCAUUUAAUUUUCAUGUAUCCAUAUAAGGAUUGAUUUACUGCUUUUCAGCCCAACUUACCAAUUCUGGAUCUGAAAAUUAUUUUAAAACUGUGUGUCAUCUGUCUUAUGUGCCCAUAUACCCCCAUUUAUUUGUUUGGUU